CUCCAUCAGCUUCCUUCCUCCCCUCCCCUGUCCUCCUCGAUUCCUCGCCGCCGCUGGUCCGGCUCCAUCAUCCAUCGUCCCACCGUUCGUCUUUCUCGCGCAGCUGUCGCAGGUCCCUCGCGCGGUCGCGCCUAGAGUUUGCUGAGUCCGUCGGCCCAAGAUAAUGGCUGGCCACCGAAACAGUCACGGAAAACGGCACUCUGAUUAUGCUGAAAAUGGAGGCGGUAAGAGAAGAAAUCCUGGUGAUGAUUCCUAUGCUCCUGGUCCCGAUGAUACUGUGUAUCGCUACCUCUGCGCCUCUAGAAAAAUUGGGAGUAUCAUUGGCCGUGGUGGAGAGAUUGCGAAGCAAUUGAGGACCGAGACUCAAGCUAAGAUUAGGAUUGGCGAGAGUGUUCCUGGCUGUGAAGAGCGAGUUAUCACAAUAUUUAGCUCAAGCAGGGAAACUAAUACUAUUGACGAUGCUGAAGAUAAGGUUUGCCCUGCUCAGGAUGCUCUCUUUAGAGUUCAUGAGAGGCUUGCUUCUGAUGAGGGUCCUGGGAAUGAAGACAGUGAAGAAGUUGUACCUCAAGUUACUGUUCGUUUGCUUGUGCCAUCAGACCAGAUUGGAUGCAUUAUUGGAAAAGGUGGGCAUAUCAUCCAAGGAAUCCGCAGUGAGACUGGUGCGCAAAUACGCGUGCUUAGUAAUGAUCAUAUCCCAGCAUGUGCCAUUAAUGGUGAUGAACUUCUCCAGGUAUCCGGGGAUGCCGUAGUUGUCAGAAAGGCUCUUCGUCAAGUGUCAUCUCGCCUCCAUGACAACCCAUCUAAGUCACAGCAUCUUCUUGCAUCCAGCUUGACCCAACCUUAUGCAGGGAGCUCCCACCUUGGUAGUUCCUCCACUGCACCUAUUGUUGGGAUUACUCCUGUAAUUCCUGCUUUUGGAGGAUACAAAGGUGAUGUGGCAGGAGAUUGGCCCUCUGUAUAUCAACCUCGGAGGGAUGAGAGCUCUGCAAAGGAGUUUAGUUUGCGUUUACUUUGUGCUGCUGUGAAUGUGGGAGGUGUAAUCGGGAAGGGUGGUGGAAUUAUCAAACAGAUUAGGCAGGAAUCUGGGGCUUUUAUUAAAGUGGAUAGCUCCAAUUCAGGUGCUGAAGAUGAUUGCAUAAUUACAGUUUCUGCAAAAGAGUUCUUUGAAGAUCCUGUCUCUCCAACAAUUGAUGCUGCAGUUCGUUUGCAGCCUAGGUGCAGUGAGAAAAGUGAUGCAGAGUCAGCAGAGCCAUCAUACACAACACGCUUGUUGGUGUCUACAUCACGUAUUGGGUGCCUAAUUGGCAAAGGUGGUUCGAUCAUUACUGAGAUUCGGAGAACAACAAGAGCAAACAUUCGCAUUCUUUCAAAGGAAAACGUUCCAAAGGUAGCAGCAGAAGAUGAAGAGAUGAUUCAGAUCAGUGGAGGCCUUGAUGUUGCAAGACAUGCUCUUGUGCAAAUAGCUACAAGACUGAAAGCCAAUUUCUUUGAAAGAGAGGGUGCUUUAUCUGCAUUUCCACCUGUGAUCCCUUAUCAUCCUAUGCCUGCUGGUGUUUCAGAUGAACCAAAGUAUCUAAGCAGAGACACUAAGCCUGUUGGGCAUUAUCUAUAUUCAAGUGGUUUUCGUGCAUCAGAUGAUAUGAUUCCUUCUGACAGCUAUGGAAGUUAUAGCAGCUCCCAGGCACCUGGAGGUGGAUAUGGUUCUUACAGUGGGUACAGUGGCCGCUCAACCAGCAGUGGGUUGUCUGGUCAUAGUUCUCUUCCCUAUGGAAAGCGUCAUGGUUAUUAGGAUCUAGAUUUGUUGAAUAAAACAGCUCAGCUAUCUUCUGAUGGACCUGUUCUUUUCACCUUUGCCCCCCUGCUCCCCUCCCGCACUAAAAACAGCCAAGACAAUGAAGUUUGGAGCCUGCUUAUUGGAGCCCCUUCCCAAACCAGAUGACCAAGAGUAUUGCCCAACCUGGAAGCUUUGCUUAAGAGGACCUGUCUGGAUGCCAUAGACCAUCGAUUUUCCUCACACUACAUUACUUAUAUCUUCCACCGGGCCUGUGUUUGUAGCCCUACCGUAAAUUGUCCGAACCUAUGUAUUGAUGAAGGUCGCAUUUGAGAUUGCGUGUAUUUACUCGUUUGAGACCUGCUUCAGUUUAGCGGCUUUUGUUGAAAUACUUGUUUCCUAUGUGCCACCCAAAAGCCAGGAAGAUGUUACUUGAAAAAAAAAACCCUAGGGAGAUGUUACUUGCCAUUCUUUGAGAUGCAGGUUACUUCUCAGUGGUAUGUGUGACUGCCAUCCUUAAAAGUAACACUAGAACCACAUGCCGUUCUUGAAAGUAGCACCAGAGACCACAUAUACCAAUCUUGUUCCUGUUGGCCAACAUUUCACAAGACGAUUGCACCACUGCAACUUGCAACAUCCUUAUGAUACUUAAAUGAGCCUGAAAUAUACUAUAGCAUGAAAGACAUUUUAUGUAUUUGAACUGAUGUUUUGAAGCACGAAAUUUUUAAUUGGUUAUAGAUUUUAUGUACGUUGUGUGAACAGCUAAGAUCUUAACUGUAGAUAGCUGGGAACUUAGCUUGGAUUGGUUUAUAUCACAAUGACCUUGAAAUGCACUAGGAAAUCUCAUGAUCUUACUGAACCUUUUGACCUCUCAGUCUCAUGCAUGUGUUGUUCUGAUGCUUAAAUAAGUGUUGCUGAUUUAAUGGUGGCUAUGCACUUGUCAUGUUGGCUGAACUAUAUGCUAAAGUCUACCUAAUUGAAGGUAUCAGUUUUAGUCACAGGAAGCAGUUCACGGGGUGAAGACACACCCCCACGAUGUUUUGCAGGUUGACAAUGUAUUUUAUCUAGAUGCUUGAAGUUUACAGGACUAGGUAACAUUAUCAAGCAUGAGCUCCUUGACAUCUACAGUAGGAAUCUUGUUAACUCAUGAUGGUGCAGGAACAUACAAAAGGUAAGCAACUAUUGCAGGCUUUGUACGGCUGAAAGGAACUAGCCCUGGAGUUGCACAUAAUUGCUAUCAGACCAUGCCUCAUACAUAGCUCACGUUGUAUCAUAAUGUCAUUAGCGGGAUAACUGCUGUAUGUCUGUAUGCAAGUUCUAAUGGUGUUAUAUUGAUCAGCAAAGUUUGUUUUA